GCACUUAGCUGCUAAUUCCUCAGCCCUUCUGUUUUCGCGGCUCACCCAGGUGCAGGCACCUCUUUGAAGAACUUUCGUGCACUUUCGUUUAACUUUUAACAUUGCGUUUUCUUGUUCCCCUUUUAUUUUCGAAUUCUUACGACUCCACUCAUUGACCAUCAUGCGUUUUGCUGCCCUUAUCGCUUUCGCUGUCAUCUCGUCGACUGUCCCUGGUUUUGCUGCCCCUGCUCCAUACUCUCCUCGCUGGGUCGCCUCCAAACGCGAUACCGCGUCAACGGGUGUCAAUACGGUCGUCGACACAUUAGUACACAACCACACCAUCCCUUUCCGCAUAGGGACAGUCAUCCUGCCGCAUGCCAAUGACACCGUUCCUGAAGUCGAACGGCUACCGGGUGGUCUAGCUGUCAAUGGGACAGAGACUAAUCCGACCCUUACUUCUAAACGUGACACCACCUCCGAUAUCGUUCAUGCCAUUGAAGCAGCUUUCGACGGGCUGCUUGGUGCAAGAAAGCGCGACGUCACUGCAGACAUCGCUACCGCGCUCCACACUAUUCUGGAAGCAGCCGGCUCCGUGUUGAGCGAUGUUAAGAGAGAUUCAACCUCCUCUAAUAUCGAAGAUCGCAGCAUCAAACCCCCCGUGCUGUCUUCCAGCGCCACGACCGGGCCCAAGAAUACCGGAAGCUUGUAUUCCAUCGGCGGCGAUCUCAUAGCCAUCUGGAAUGCGAUCAACGGCAGCCCUAGCAGCAGCAACACCAAGCGGGACUUGAUCCUAACCUCUGAUGGAGUCGAUAUCACCAGAACUUUGGGUGGGGCAGCAUCCCAGUUCGAAGACCGCAGCUUUACAAUCCCUUCCAGCGUCGAAAACGCCUUAUCGAAGCUGGCUAGUGGCACUGGUGUGGGAGGUACUGUUGCGUCAGUGUUGUCUGCCUUCGAAGGAAGCGGCAACAGCAUGAAGCGCGAGCUUGGCGUGGAUGCAAGACACAACCAUGACCAGAAGCGUGUCGUCUCCUCUGAUGUCGAAAGCAUCCUCCGGCAGAUCAUCGCUGCUUAUGAGGGUGCCAUGGACGGAUAGGGCAGCGCCUUUGCCUCUACGAAGCGUUGUACGAGCAAUAACAGCUUCAUGGGCCUUACCGAUAUCAAUCA